AUGACCACCACUGCAGCAAUGGAACUUCCCGUCAGUAUUGACGACUCUCUGAAGAUUGAGUCAGUCCAGGUCAUCAGCGGGCUCGCUUUCGACAACCUCAAAGUGCUGUUGACCUGGCUUGCAAAUCAGGUCAAGGACCAGGGAGCUCGGUUGGCAAACGCAGAGGAGAGUUGCAAGGGUGGCGCUUCAAAGGACGAACUGCAGAAGUUGCUUGGAGCGUUGGAAGAGGGGAAGGCAAAGCAAGCGGCAGCAGAUGCCAAGACGAAGGUCCUGGAGGGGAGGGUUGAAGCUGCAGAGAAGGGGUUGCUUGAGAGCUCAGCUAGCAAACCUCCAGAAACCCACGACCUCGCUCCGAGGAUCAGCGCCCUGGAAGAGGCAGAGAAGAAGCGGCAGAGCGCUUCAGAGGCUGAUAUUGCAGCUUCAAAAAGGCGGAGCUCAAAUGGCAAAGCUGAGGGAACGGGAAGCAGUCCAACGAAUGGAGGGGAAGAGGGAUUGCGGAAAGAACUUGAUAGAGUUGCGAAGUUUGCGGAGGAGAGUGGGGCGCGGUUGAAAGCGGCGGAAGAUGAGCUGAAGCGGAUUGCGGCGCAGGUCGAGCAGCAGGGGACGGCACAGAAGGGACAGGCGGAGCAGGUCAAGGAACAUGCGGCUGCGCUGCAGGCCGCUGACCAGAAGCUUGCGCGCCAGGGUGAGGAUCUCCUCGCACUGCGAGGCACGUGCGCGGGUUUAAGGAAGGACUUGGACUGUAAACCCCUGCCAAUACCGGCCGCUUCGGCAGCCGGGGCGGCCGCGGGGGAUCCCUCCGGGAUGGGCGCCGUCUUGGGGGAACUGCAGAGGCGGUUGGAGCGAAAAGCGGACGCCGAAACGGUGGAGAAUGUGCGGAGGGGGGUAGAGAGGGCCGAGGCUGACGUGGCAAACGUGGACGCGAGAGUGGCGGAGUUGCAGGGCCGCGUUGACGUCAUUGAUGCAAAUGAGUUGAAUCGUCCAUUGCCUGCCGUCCGGCCAACAUCCGCCGUCCGAUCGAAGGAGGUGACCCGUGACGAGUACGAAAAGCUGGAGGUCGACGUGGACCAUCUCACGGAGCGCGUUGGGGACUUGGAGGUCGCGCGCGCGCAGGCAGCCGCGGCUGACGUGGCAAGGAAGUGCCAAAGGAUUGAGGACGAGCUGAGGCUGCUGCUGAAACGCGUCGAUGACUUGGGCGUCUCCAAAGCGGAGCGCGCCCCGCUGGACGACCUCGCCUUCAAAGUCGCCGCCCUCGAACUGCCCCUCGACUCAGACGACACUCAGGAGUCCGCUGCCACUGCUCUUCCGUCCACAGCGCCGGUUCCGUUCACAGCCCCAGCUCCGUCCAGCGUUCCGUCCGUUCUGGCGGAAGUGGCGCGACCGAAAAGCGCGAAGCCGCGGCCGGAAAGCGCGAACGCGGGGCUUGUCGCGCUGCGGGAGAUGGUGGUCGGGAAAGCCGACCGGGAGGAGAUGCGGCAGCUCGCGGCCGCGGUAGAUUCGCAGCGGAACGAGCUGCUGGCGGAGCUGCGCGCGCUCAAGAACCGGCUCGCGGCCGCGUCCGGAGCGCCCGACGAGACGAUCUUCUCCAUAUGCACGCACCUGCAAGACGAUCUUAAUGCCCUCCGAAAGCUCGUCCAGACAAAAGCGGACGCUUCGGACGCUUCAUUGGCGGCGAGAGCGAUGUCGGACGGCGCUGACGUGGCGCCUCGAACGCCGUCCAAGUUGGGAUCGGACGGCGCUGAGGUGGUUGCGAGAUUGGCGCUGGAUGGCGGCGCCAAGCGGCCGUCGUCGGCGCGGAGGGUGGGGGGCUCGCUGACUGCGGAGAGCAGAACGAGCGGAAACGGAGUGGAAGGGGUUUUGGAGAGGGACGUUUUGCUGGGCAAGGCCAGCUUGGCGGACUUCGCGCACCUGCAAGACGAGUUCGACACCCUGCGCGGUUCCACGCGGCGGCUCAGCCGUCGGACGAGCCUCAUCGGACGGCUCAGCAGCGGCGCUGACACGGACAGAAGCGACAGAAGCGAAGAGGGCGGCGCGGCGGGCGGCGAGGAGCUGCGGAAGGCGUUGCGCGACCAGCAGAAGCUGAUCCAGCAGCUGUACAAGCACGUGGGUCUCAUUGGAAAGGGUGUCGUCAUAAUGUCCGGCAACGAUCCGCAACGACCUCCUACCCCGGGCAAGCGGAAGACGGAAGAUGGCGACCGGAACGGCGGAAACGGAAGGAACAGCGGGUCCUCGCGGCACUCAGGCAGCGGAAACGAAUCCUCAACACACGCGGAGAGGCCGAUCAGUUAUGAGGACAUCAUGCGAUUUUACGAGGAGCUGCUCGCGUGCGACCACGUGGCGCCCAAGGAGAACGUGUCGCGCGUCGCCAACCUGGGCGGUGACGUCAGCGAGGUGGUGAAGCGCAUGGACGAAUACGACCAACUGCUGAGCUCGCUCCGCGACGAGAAGCUGGCCCGGUUGGUCCAAGACUACCUGUCCCGGGCGCCCGAGGGCGACUACGCGAUGCUGGCCGGGAAGCCGCUGACCGGGUACAAGUGCAUGUCGUGCGACCACCCGCUGGAGAAACUGAACGCGAAGCGGGCGGACUACGUGCCGGGGGGAUCCCUCCCGAAGUCCAACUGGGCGCAAAUGUCGGCGGAACGCAUCUACGCAGGGGGGAUGCAGGGUCGCCUGCCCUCCGAGACAUCCCCCGUCUCCUCCCCCCGGAUGACCUCCCCCCGGUCGGAGAACCGCAGCGUGACCUCCCCGGCUUCGAAGGGCGGGACUUUGCCGGCGACUCCGGGAGCCGCUUCGCUGAGUCCGGAGUCGCUGCCGCCUCUGAAAGAGCGGAAGAGCAACGGCGCCGGCAUGCUCACCCCCCGACGGCCGACCUCUGCAACCGGGGCGCGGCGGCCGCAAACGCCGUCGCAAGAGAACAGCGGCCAGCUAUCGGGAUUUGACACGCCACAUAGCAAUACCGCAUGA